AAACUUAAAAAUGUUGCUGAUGUUUUUCUUAAAAUCUGGUGAACAAACUGCAACCGAUUGCUUCCAGAAGUCACUUAACCAGCAAACAGAGUCCAUCUCUGUGAAGGUUAAUUUCAGGAUAGAGCCAGUAAUUCUGUGAAAGCCUCAAAAGUUUUAUAGAGGACAAUAAACAUGUAAACCCAGGAACACAACAGACAGGCUAGGGAUAAAGCUCUGGAGGAGUUAAAAAUAGGAAUAAAUAAAUUAACACGUGGCAUUACCUGAACAGUUUUGUUUAAGGAUAUCUUUCAUUAAAUCUGCUAUUUUGCAAAAAAGAAUUGGAAGAAUUUUCAGUCUGUUAAUAUUCAGUACCUACAGUUCAGCAAGUACGUGUAUUCAGGUGGCUGAACAGAAAAAUGCAUGCCCCACUUUUACUUUUGCAUUUUGACAACCUUGUGCAAUUUUUCUUCCAAUUCAAAUUAAGCUCUUUUUGAGUUGGACUAUUAGAUCAAAUCUCAGCUGUUGUUGAUAGUCAUGUGAUAAAUAUUGAAAACCUUCCAGGGGGCUUGAAGAAGUUUGUGGUGGACUAUAGAUCUGUACUUUUAUACUGAACGCACUAAUGUGUAUUCUCUGCUUUUGUCUUUGUUAUGUCCCUAGAAAACAGCAGCACUGAUCAGAAGCAGGCGUGCAAGAAGCAUGAGCUCUACGUCAGUUUCCGUGACUUAGGAUGGCAGGACUGGAUCAUUGCUCCUGAAGGAUAUGCUGCAUAUUACUGUGAGGGAGAGUGUGCCUUCCCGCUGAACUCCUACAUGAACGCCACAAACCACGCCAUUGUACAAACACUUGUUCAUUUUGUUAAUCCUGAGUCGGUUCCUAAGCCUUGCUGUGCGCCAACACAGCUCCAUGCCAUUUCUGUGCUCUACUUUGACGACAGCUCCAAUGUGAUCCUGAAGAAGUACCGUAACAUGGUCGUUAGGGCUUGUGGCUGUCACUGAACCACCAGCAUCUUCACAGGGACGCACACAUACGCACAUGAUGAGAGGAGAAUCGACAGGGCGCUCGUUUAAAAUGCUGCAGGAUUGGAAAGCAGCUUGUGCAUUUCGUGUAGACACACUUUUGUAAGGCCAAACAUGAAUUUCACUCUAUUUAAAGGGGCAAUUCAACUCCAAGUCUGUUUAAAAUAAAAAUAAACAUGUAGUUCCUGGCUUUGCUGUCAUUUUAAGCAGCAAAUGAGAAAGACCAUAAGUUCAUAAAAUGGAGCAAAUAUUUACAAAACAAAUCCAACUUAAAAAAUUGAGUAUGACCUCGUGGAAGAUGUUCAUUCAGCCACUUAUUUUUUUUAAAUAAAUAAACAAAUAUGAAAUUACGACCACUACUUAAAUAACAGAUAAAUAGAUAUUCUUUGUUCUUUACUGAUUUUUACUGAUGAAAAUCAAUAUUAUUUAUCAAUUAAACUUUUUGUUAAGAAAUUUGAAGAUCUCUUCUUUAGCUCUUUCUUUAGCUGUUUUAAUCUGAAACAGUUAAAGGCAGUAUAUUUGUCUGCUGGAUCACUCUACAGUCCUCUUCCGUAUUCUGUUAUAUGCUGUACGCAACCCGCUCUACCAACAUAGAACUGUUUCAAUUUAAAAACUCAUUUGUACUCAGUUUAUUUUCACUGCCACAGGAUAAAGUCUUAACAAGCCGCAGAGAGGAAGCAGCAAACUAAUGUCCUCCUUUGUGAUUCUCCAAACAAGAUACAAUAUAGACAACAGAAGAGAGGGACAGAGAACAAGUCCACUUGUGUGCUUUCCUUUCAAACCUUCACAAUUUAUUUGUUUUUUUGUCUUUGCUUUCUCCCAAGAUGCUACAACUUGCUAAGGUCUGCAAGGACUUGAUGCUGCAGGAUCAUAUUUGAAAAUGUGGAGAUACUUGUUUUAGACUUGUAUAAUUUUUGUCAAAUUUUUUGACAAUGCCAUGAGUUGUAAAACUUUAUCUUAAAAGUAAUUAAUCAAAUCAUUUUACCUAACCUUUUCAUAUGAUCAGCUUUCUAUUUUAUUUAUAUCUAUGAUCUUUCUUUAUUUUUUUUUCCUUUUGUUUUUUGUUCUUAUAGCUGAAAGAACAUUCUCAAAAACCAUGAGCUCCAUUUAUAAGUUUGAGGCUAACAAGAAAAAAAAAAUUACUUACUUUAUUUGAAAGUGAACAUUUCCUUGAAUGAUUUUUUCCCAUAAAUGCACAUCGACAUACAAACACAAUCAUGUUUGUGCUUUCUACUGUGUGUACAAGACACAUAAAGCAUAGACUGUACUGUAUAAUUGUUCAUUCACAGUCAACCAUGUGUUAUCUUAACAAUUAUGAUAACCAUUGUAGUUUAUUAUGUUUACUAUAUAUAUGAAUAUGUGGCUGAUAGAGGAAGAUAGAGGACUUUGUAUUCCCUCAAUGUACAAUAUUGUGUAAAUAUUAUGUUUUUUUUUUUUUUUUCCAAAAAACAAGAAACAAAAAGCAAGUGUAUUUAUUUCCUGCAUUGCAAUUUGGAUUUGUUUAUUUUAUUCUCCUGUAUAAAAUGCUGUAUUAUUUUUGGACAUAAGCAUUGCCUCAUUUAUUAGGAACAUUUUUAGAAAUACAAAUAGCUGUUUCAAGCAUCUUGUUCUGUGUGCUCAAUGUUUUCAGGUUUGUACUUCUCUGCUGUAAUACAAUCUGUUGUAUUUAAAAAUAAACACCUAUUUAUUGAGAGCAGGCUAAGCUCUUCCAAA